AUGCAAAACUUUGGCCAUGACUUUUCGAGUGGGAACCAUAGACGGAUGUUGGAGAAGAGGCAGAGGCAGGUCAUUACGACCACAAUUACCGGACCCUCGACGACUGUGACGACCGUGGCGACUGUAGUGAGGCCCCCGUCCCUGCCCACCCUCAUUCCAAGGCCGAGACCAGGUGACGACGACGAUGAGGAUGAAGACGAGGAUGAGACGACGACGCGUGGUACCUCAACGUCGCGUGCAACCACCACCACUACCGAAAGCAGUAGUUCAACAGCCAUCUCACGAGCCUUGAGCAGCUCCGCCGCCAUCUCCCAGACUCAGCGUCCCACUGCCUCGAGCGACCUCACGUCUCUACGUCCCAGCGCGUCCCUUGUCCCGGAGAUACGCACUGUUACUGAGACCUACACUCCUUCAGCCUUCUGCAAGUGCGACAGAUGUUCGCAGACAGGAGUUACAACGGGAGCCCAGAAAUCAGGAGGAACCAUCGCUGGUAUCGUCGCCGGCACGAUCUUUGGCUUCAUCGGUCUCGCCAUCUUCACCGCCUUCAUCGUCCGUCACCUACGAAAGCGAGCUCGAGAUCGCGAAGAAUGGGAUGCAGCCAAGUUCCGUCGCUCGGCGCUCAUGCUCAACGAUGAGAAGAGUCAGCCUCCACGCACGCCUCGUCCACCGAGCAUGAUUGAACGUCGAGCACAGGCCAACGUCAACUCGGUCGUGUCUGUCCCAAACCGCGCCUACCCCUUCUCGGAUACCGCCUCGCAGUACAGUCGCGACCAACCCAACUUUGGGCAACCCGGAUUCGAUACCCGCGGACCUGCCACUCCCCAGCCUUAUGGUUCGCCCAACCCGUACGGUGCAGCACCAGUUCCCUACACUGGUCAGAAUAUGUAUGGUCAGGGUGGAGACAGAGGGUAUGGAACUGCGUAUGGAGCGGCGGCAGGGUAUGGAGGUCAUCCUCAUCAGCAGCCACAACACCACCCUCAGCACCCCGCCUACACCCGUCUCGGCCACAACAACUCCCCUGCGCCCUUCGCCUCCUACGCUCCCGGUACUCCCCAACCUUCUCAUCUCAACCCGCACCUGAACGUGGGCCCAGCCGGCCCAGGCACAAUGUCCCGCGCCAACACGACAGCGAGCAACCUCCCCAACCCAUUCUCGGAGAGUGCACCCGUCUCGCCACGUUCCUCCGGUGCCUCGUCGUCUGAUAGCGGACACGGUCGUCCUCCGCUCCCACCGAAGCCCGAGGAGUACCUGACAAGGGCCCAUGGUGACGAUGAUGCUCCACCGGCGUAUACGGAUGAUGGAACAUACGCGAAGCUUCAAAGGGAUGUUAAGAAUCCGGUUGUGAUGACUGUGGAAGGUACGACGUCGGGAAGCCCUGCAUCCGCUGCUCCUGCUCCCGCUGCGCCUUCCUCCACCCCUCCUCAUGCUGCUGCAACGCCCCCUCCGGCCCCAGCUGCUUCGUCGACGCCUCCUCCAGCUCCAGCUCCGGCUCCGGCUCCAGCUCCCGCUUCGUCUGCCGCCCCUAGCACCACCGCUACCACUACUUCUUCCACCACCCCCGACAACACCAGCAACGUAGGCGGCAACAAGGCCCGACCUAUCUCCUCCCACACCGUGUACGAUCCAAGCGACGCCUACGGAGGCAUGUAA